GAAAGGAUUCGAAGAGGAGAUAACCAAUCGAAUGAUCUGUUUCAAUAUCCCGAAAAAACAAAUGAAGAUAACGACGAAUUUCUCGAAAACGUUGGACUUCUAUUUAAUGAGUCAAACGAAGAUCAAUUGGAAAGAAUUCGCAAUUGGAUAAACAUCAAUAGUAAACCAUCGGAG